AUGUGGAAGCGCAUACAGCGGUCACACAAGAAACCCUCAAAGUUCAAGUUUACCAUCGGACUACAGGAGCUUCAACUUGUUGCCACGCCCGAAUGGCACCCACAUUUGAUGACGGUUUCGUUUAUGCACAGACGACGAAAGAUCUCGUCGGGUAAACGCCAAUGGGAAACGUCCUACUCAAAGCCCGAGCAGUCAAUCAUCGUUUGGCCCGCACAAACACCGGAGAACAUUGAAAUUCUAACAACGCUUUACAAAGGAGUCAACGAUGAGCAUUAUGAUGAUAAGGAGUGGACGAUCGUGAUCGAGAGUUUCACCCCGAAAGGAAAGAAGAAGCCGAUCGCCGCCGUUCCUCUCAACAUGCGUCUUUUCGUUAACGAGACGCCCGAUCAGAAGUCACAUAUGAAGCUCAAAAUGCGCCCACUUGUGCCCAAUCUACAGUCGGCGAUCAUUGUUCUCGUGCUUUCAAGUCAAUUUUUGAGUGAAGGAAGGCGUGAUGAUUCUUCGCAAGCUUCCACAUUGACAAGGGAUUUGCUGCCAAUAGAAGUUGAUAUUCAUGAUGCAAAGGCGGUGUCAAGCGAAGGUCCAGCAUCACCUGUUCGCCCGUCUUGGCGUGAAGCUCCAGGUCGAUCGUUGACCACGACACCCGAUCCGAUUGCCAAUGCAAAGAGGAAGAGCACUGAGCUGGUGUUUGAGGUUGACGAUAAAUCUCGACCGGUUCUCGUUUCAUCACCGCCACUUCGACAUGGGUUGGGUCGGGCAUCGACAAGAACUCCAUCUCGUGCUCCAUCACAGCCACCACCCGAGAAGAUUGAAGGGGAAACAUUACUGGCUUGGGCACAACGGGUCACAAAGGACUAUCAAGGAGUCAAAGUGCAGGAUUUUACAAAAUCGUGGCGAUCGGGAGUGACCCUCUGCGCUCUCAUUCACGCAUAUCGACCGGAUUUGAUCGGGGAUUUUGAUGCGCUCGACUUCUCAGAUACGUUAAGUGGAAGAAAGUCAAAUGUGACAAAGGCUCUUCUCAGCGCUCAUGCAAUGGGCUUGACAAAUUUGCCCGAUGAAUAUGACAUUUUGACGCCCGAUGAGAAGGAUGUACGCUUGCUACUGGAGAAAUUAAGAGGAGUCUUUGAGGGAUCUCUUGAUGGCGCAAACUUGGCGAGUGGUUCAGAUUAUCGCCUUUCAACAAUUUACGGAUUUUCUGAAUCGGAAAAGAAGAUGAUGCAAGAAUUGGAAGAGAUGAAAAGUGUGAUCGAUGAUGAAUACUCUACAGAAAAGGCACCAAAGAAUGAAUCCAAAUUCUCGGCACAGCCACCGCUAACUACUCAACACAAUUCGAGGAAAGGAUCUGCUCAUAAUGGACAUCAAGAAAAUGGGAACGAUGUGGUUGAUUUGGCAAGCCGAUAUUCAGAAUCAUUAGCAUCUCCAUCAAUGAAGGGACGAGCUGCUAGUCCAGCUCGCCGCGAGGUUCUGCAAGAAAAAGCACGGAAGAUGCUCAACAAUCCAGCACCAUUUUUGACUCAAAACCAGGUCCCAGCCAGCACAGAAGUUCGCGAACGGGCACGACAUAUCAUUGAUGAGGCUGUUCAGAACGGUGCCACGCACAGGAUACAACCAGAUGGCUCGAUGGUGUCCGAUUUUCGUCGAAGCGAAUCGAUUCAAUCAAACGGAAGUCGUUUGGGAUCAAACACGGAUUUGAGGAGAGUAGGGGCUGUGCCGUUAAAUGUGACAAUUCGUAGCUUCCGCAAGCAGGAUCCAUCGCCGGUGUUGCCGAGAAAAGAUUAUGGAACUCCAAUCAUUCCGCCAAUGGGCCGGACCACGCAAAAUCUUGUGGAGCGGAGUAGUGAAAAUGUGACCCCAACUUUGAAUGGCCGCACGUCGGUUGAAUCGACACCGAGGUCGACUUUUGACCGGGUACGCCGCUUCGGGAGCAUGAGAGGAUCGGAGUUGAGAGAUUCGAUCAGUCAACUCUUUAAUCAAUACGGGUUCUCCGAAACGCCGGCGCCGAGUGGCUCCAAUGAUUACACUUUUUCAACACCGACUCGAACAAAGAUCACUUCAAAAUGGGAGAAUGAUGUCGCUGACCCACAAUCGACGGCUCGUGAACUGGUGGAGAUUACCGGGAAAAUGAAGGACCUUGAUGCGCAGGCUGAACAAAUCAGGACAAAGAUGGGAGAACCAGGCAUUGGUGACGAUGAAGAGCCGAUGUUGGUGGAGACGCUGCAGUUUUGUAACAUUGAAAAGGAUCGACUCGUCAACAAGCAAGAGUACUACAAUAUCAUUGAGAAGAUUCGCAAUACGAUAAUGGAGAUACAAGAUCUGCAAGGGGAAUUGGGACAACGAGAUGACGGAGGCCAUUACCGGACUGCCGAAGAGAAAGAACACACGGAUCAACUGAUGCAACAGCUCAUUGAGGCUCUUUCAAGGAAGAACAACUUGAUCUUAAAAGUGAUGGACCACGAAGAGAUGAUUGAAGAGCGCGCUGAAUUGCUGCGUGGGGAGGCGGCUCGCAACUCGUCGACACUGAUUCGAAGGAAUCCGCCUGAAGGAUCAUCAGGAUCAUCUCAACGAGGCGCCCCGCAAUACUCAUCACUGCGCAAUUUCGCCUCCAGUUGGCUGUCG